AUGAAUAAUACUGAAAACUGAGGUGCAAUUUAUGCUCCAAUUAAGCAUAUUCCACCAAAAGUGCGACCCGCGCCAUGGUCUAUCGAUGAAUGCUACAAGUCGAAUCUGUUCACCACUGAAAUCUCGACACCUCGUCGAAUUCUUUGCUUAUUUCUAACAAUUUUUGUCGGGUUUUUGUAUGGAAACUUUUUAACACCAAUGAUGUAUAUUAUCAACAAUGAGCCUGGCUCACGACAGGAUAUCGAAGCUUACAUUUUAUCAUAUUGUCUUGGAUCCUUUGCGACUUCAGUCAUUAUUUUCUUCUUCUACGCUGUUGCCAAGAAGAAUAUGCCAUUUGUGAAUCCAGAGAUCACAAUGCCUUCAAUUAUUUCUGGAAUACUGUAUGGAACAGCAGUAACCACAUUUUUCAUAUCAAAUCAGCAUUUAGAUCCGGUGAUUGCCUAUCCAAUUCUUUCAAAAGCCCCUGGAAUUAUUGUCAGUCUAUGGGCCAUUUUCUUGUUCAAAGAAAUUCAAGGCAAAUUCAGCAUAAUUCAACUUUAUGCCGGUAUAGUUGUCACACUAAUUGGAAUCACAUUCAUUUCGCUAUCAAAAGUUCGAUUUUGA